UCACAGAUUUUGUACUCCGGUGAGACCAUGGACAGAUUUAGUCCAGAUGAGGUGGCAGAUAUUGUCAGCAGUGCAGCUGUGGUUUCGGAGACAUCGGAGGAGGAGAACGAACAUGAUGUGAGAAGUGAAGAUUCCACAUCCGAAAAUGAAGAAGAAGAGGAAGAAGUGUCGUAUUUGUCCAAAAAUGGAAAAAUAUCUUGGUCCUCAAGACCAAUCGGACUGUCCACCUCUGGCAGACUGCCAGCCGAAUUUGUGCUAAAGUCCACUCCAGGACCCACAAGGAUCAGCAGAGCACAAGUACACGACGUCCUCUCUGCCUUCGAACUUUUCAUCCCAAGAACGGUGGAAGAAAUGGCAGUAAAGUUCACGAACUUGGAAGGGCUACGGAGGCACCCAAAUGACUGGAAGAAAACCAACCGAGAAGAAAUGAGAUGUUUCAUUGGAGUACUCAUUCUGAGUGGCAUGUUCCGAUCGAGGGGCGAAGCUGCGGAAUGUCUCUGGGACUCUUACAUGGGGAGACCCAUCAUUGCGGCAGCGAUGUCCCUGGACCGUUUUCGGACACUCACAGCCAUGCUCCGUUUUGAUGACCGGGAGACCCGACCCAGCCGCAGAGCAGCAGAUAAGCUGGCCCUCGUAAGGGACAUCUGGGAGGCAUGGCUGGAGAGGCUGCCGGUGAUGUAUACACCUGGAGAAAACAUCACCGUUGAUGAGCGGCUGAUUCCCUUCAGGGGUCAAUGUGCUUUCCGCCAGUACAUGCCGAGAAAGCCUGGAAAAUACGGAUUGAAGCUGUGGGUGGCAAGCGACAGCGCCACCAGCUACGCCUACAAUGUGCAAAUAUAUACAGAAAAAGUUCUGGACAGUGAUGAGGAAGACUUCCAGGAGGAAUGUCAGGCAGGUUCAUCAAUUAUGGAUGGUAUGUAUUGUCACUAGCUUAAGUCAGUAAGUUUAUUAGAGUUAUUUAGCUAACUAAUGCCAGGGGCAUAUGUACUUAAUGAUUGGGACUUGAAGGCAAAAUCAAACAUAAUUCAUUAUUAUUAGGAUAGGUCUAAUAAAAAUCUUUUAAAUCUUUUAAAAUGGCCUAUCCUAAAGAAACCAAAUCUUGAACCUAGUGACUUAGGAAACUAUAGACCAAUCUCAAAUCUUCCCUUCAUUUUAAAAUUCUGGAGAAAGUUGUUGGUCACCAGCUGUCUUCCUUUCUUCAAAAUAAUAAUGCUAACGAGCUAUAUCAGUCUGGUUUCAGAAACAAUCAUAGCACAGAAACGGCCUUAGUCAAAGUGAUAAACGACUUGCUUAUGGCUUCCGACCGUGGCUGUAUAUCGCUAUUAUUCUUACUGGAUCUAACUGCAGCAUUCGAUACUGUAGACCAUAAUAUUCUUUUGGACCGGCUGGAAACAUUGAUUGGCAUUAAAGGGACAGAACUACUGUGGUUUCGCUCAUAUUUAACUGAUCGUUACCAGUUUGUCCAUGUAAACAAUGAGUCAUCCAUAGCCACUAAAGUAAGAUAUGGUGUCCCGCAGGGAU